AAUGUCACAAACAAAAAAAAAGUAAAGUGACGCCAUUAUUCGCAUUGCAUCGUAAAAAUAUUUGAUUUCAAGUUUUACAAGUGAAAAUCCUUUUUAAAAGUUGAAAAAAUAUGCCACAAUGAUGGACUCCGCCUUCCUACUGUUCAUAGAGGUGGACAAUUUCAAGUCCUACCGGGGUAAGGUGACGAUAGGGCCGCUGAAAAAGUUCUCCGCCGUCAUCGGUCCAAAUGGGUCGGGAAAAUCGAAUUUUAUGGAUGCCAUCAGCUUUGUGAUGGGUGAAAAAACCACCAGCCUGCGUGUGCGCAAGCUGAACGAACUGAUCCAUGGUGCAUCGAUUGGGCGCCCCGUUGCCAAUCGGGCCUCGGUGAUGGCAAAGUUUGUUAUCACCGAUCAAGAAGGAAACCAGACGAAUAAAAGCUUCCAGCGGUCGGUGAUUGGGUCAUCUUCCGAGUACCGGAUCAAUGGAAGUGUUGUUACAACAAACGUCUACCUUCAGGAACUGGAACACAUAGGAAUCAAUGUGAAAGCGAAGAAUUUCCUAGUCUUCCAAGGUGCGGUAGAAAGUAUCGCUAUGAAGAACGCUAAAGAGCGCACAGCGCUCUUCGAGGAGAUCAGCGGAUCCGGAUUGUUGAAGGAGGAAUAUAACAAGCUGAAGCACGAGAUGCAGAUGGCUGAAGAGGAAACGCAGUUCACGUAUCAGAAGAAGAAGGGUAUUGCGGCCGAGAGGAAGGAGGCCAAGCUGGAGAAACAAGAAGCCGACCGUUACGCGCGCCUGAAGGACGAAUAUGCGGAGAAGCAAGUUCAGUAUCAGCUCUACAGGCUUUAUCACAAUGAAAAAGAAAACAAACGGCUGCACGAAGAUUUGGAAAGCAAGCAGCAGGAUUUGGCGCUGAUUGAGAAGAAAAAAGAAGAAGCAGAUGAUGUUCUAAAGGACAAGAAAAAAGAGGCAGGAAAGACUGGCCGAGAUCUGGCUAAAAUAGAGCAAGAAAUUCGUGAGGUGGAAAGCGAAAUGAGCAAAAAGCACCCAAUGUUUAUCAAAGCUAAGGAAAAGGUGGCUCACACUAAGAAAAAACUCGACAGCGCAAUGAAAACUUUAGAGCAGGCUCGAAAAGCCGACGAAGCACAUCAAGCCGAUAUUCGUAAAUUGGAAGAUGAGUUGAAUGGCAUCGAAUCCAAGGUGAAAUCAUUUGAAGACGAAAUAGCAGGCGAGUCGAAAAAACGUGGGAGCAAUGUUCAUUUGGAACAAAACUUGGUCCAGGAGUAUGAUCGAUUGAAGCAGAAAGCAGAUGCCACAUCGGGCAAAUAUUUGAUUAAGUUGGAUUCGGUCAAUCGGGAGCAAAAAUCCGACCAGGAUUUGCUGGAUAGUGAAACAAAUAAGAAAGCACAGAUAGAAGAGAACUACAAAAAGUAUGAAUCGGAAAUGAACGAAGCUACCAAACGGCAGGAGAAGUUGAUUGAUCACAUAAAAGCAAGCAAGCAGGCAUUGGAAGAGCAAAACCGUUUGAAGCAGGAACUCAGCCAGGACGUUGGAUCGUCGAAGGAACGCAUUUUGGAGUUGCAAGCGGAACUGGAUGACGUUCGGGAGCAGUUGGGCGAUGCCAAGAUCGACAAACAUGAGGACGCCCGCCGUAAGAAGAAACAGGAAGUGGUGGAGCUGUUCAAACAGGAGGUCCCGGGCGUGUACGAUCGUAUGAUCAAUAUGUGCCAGCCGACGCACAAACGGUACAAUGUGGCCGUUACGAAGGUGCUUGGCAAGUACAUGGAAGCAAUCAUAGUCGACACGGAGAAGACAGCUCGUCGGUGCAUUCAGAUCCUGAAGGAGAAGAUGCUGGACGUGGAGACAUUCCUCCCGCUGGAUUACUUGCAGAAGAAGCCGCUCAAGGAACGUCUAAGAAACAUCGAAGAUCCACGUAACGUCAAGCUGAUCUACGAUGUACUCAAAUUCAGCCCUCCACAAAUCGAACCGGCCGUACUGUUCGCCACAAACAAUGCCCUGGUGUGCGAAACCCCGGACGACGCAAUGAAGGUGGCGUACGAAAUCGAUCGCAGUCGGUACGACGCAUUGGCGCUGGAUGGUACGUUCUAUCAGAAAUCCGGUAUAAUCUCCGGCGGUAGCCAUGAUCUGGCCCGCAAGGCUAAACGCUGGGACGAAAAGCACAUGGCCCAGCUGAAGGCACAGAAGGAAAAGAUAACGGAAGAGCUGAAGGAGGUCAUGAAGAAGACACGUCGUCAAGGUGAAUUGACCACGGUCGAGAGUCAGAUCCGCGGAUUGGAAAAUCGCCUCAAAUACAGUCAGAACGAUUUGGAUGCUUCAAAGAAGAACAUCAAAGAGUAUGAUAAGAAGUUGAGUCAACUUCAGCUCGAACUGGACCAGAUCGGUCCGAAAAUUAGCGAAAUUGAACGCCGUAUGCAGCAGCGUGAUCUGAAGAUUCAGGAGAUUAAGGAAAACAUGAACAACGUCGAGGACGAUGUGUACGCAGAAUUCUGUGCCCGCCUCGGUGUGGCCAAUAUACGCCAGUUCGAAGAACGGGAGCUUGUGCUGCAACAGGAAAGAGCCAAGAAGCGUGCCGAGUUCGAGCAGCAAAUCGAUCGCAUCAACAACAACUUGGAGUUUGAGCGAUCGAAGGAUACAUCCAAGAAUGUUACUCGUUGGGAGCGUGCGGUUCAGGACGACGAGGAUUCUUUGGAAACGUUUAAGCAAGCGGAAAUCCGACAGCGUCAAGAAAUCGAGAAGGACAAAGAACGCAUCGAAAAGAUGAAGGUCGACAAAGCCACAAAGAAGACUGCCGUCGAUAGCAUGGAAGAAGAAAUGGCCAAAUCCCGACGGGACGUCCAACAGCAAGCCAAGGAGCUGGCAGCGGUGCAUCAGCAAAUCUCCGGUAUCGAGAGCAAAAUCGAAACGAUGAAAAAUAAACGGCACAAUUUGCUGAUGCAGUGCAAAAUGGAUGCCAUCGAAAUUCCGAUGAAACGCGGCAGGAUGAAUGACAUUGUGGAACAAUCCGGAGGCAACGAAUCGGAGACGACUCCGCUCAGCACGAUUUAUGAGCGCGAGGCAAAAAUUGAGAUCGACUACAGCUCCCUGUCGAAGAAUCUGACGAAUCCCAGUGAACCGGAUCAGGUGAAAAAGGUAGGCGAUGGGUUGGCAAGAGAACUGCAGUCGAAGUUGGAUACCUUGGAGAAAAUUCAGACACCGAAUCUCAAGGCAAUGCAGAAACUAGAUCGCGUAACGGAGAAGAUUCAAACCACAAAUGAAGAAUUUGAGGCAGCUCGGAAAAAGGCCAAGAAGGCAAAGGCUGCUUUCGAGAAAAUCAAAAAUGAGCGAUGCACUCUGUUCACAAACUGUUGCAACCAUAUUUCCGACGCAAUUGAUGGUAUUUACAAGCAACUCGCUCGCAAUGAAGCAGCCCAGGCGUAUCUUGGCCCGGAUAAUCCGGAGGAGCCGUAUCUUGACGGGAUUAACUAUAAUUGUGUCGCCCCGGGUAAACGAUUCCAACCGAUGAGCAACUUGAGCGGUGGAGAGAAGACUAUCGCAGCCCUGGCGUUGUUGUUCGCAAUUCAUAGCUUCCAACCGGCUCCCUUUUUCGUGUUGGAUGAAAUCGACGCUGCGCUGGAUAAUACCAACAUUGGAAAGGUGGCCUCCUACAUUCGUGAGAAGUGCACCAACCUGCAGACGGUGGUGAUUUCGCUGAAGGAAGAGUUCUACAGUCAUGCCGAUAUCCUAAUUGGAAUUUGUCCGGAACCGGCUGAGUGUCUCGUUUCGCAAACUUUGAUUUACGAUCUGGAACAAUUUACACCGCAUCCGUAAUAAAAGAUCGUAUUCAUGAAAAGUUGCAUUUUAUAAAGGGAUACUAAGACACUGAUUUUGAUUAAAGUAUUUGUUAUAAGAAAACAUUAUCCAGACAAAUUAGCACUGUAGUAGUGAUUGAUGAUCUAUAAAACCAUAAAAUUUAUCAAUAAUAAUAAUUAUAUCAAUAACAA